GGCAGUACUGAUGAGGAAGAUGGCUGAAGGAGUGAUCCCAGACCUGCCGCCUCCAUCCCCUGCCUCUGUCAAGGCUUAUGGAACCAUGGAAUCAGCUGAGCAACCCCCUCAGGGAUCGUCGCAGCCACCCACCAGAAGGGCUUACAUCGCUAUUGCUACACUUUGCCAUCUGAACCUGGUGAAUUACAUGGACUGGUUUCUUGUAGCAGGAGUCCUUCUGGACAUACAGAAAUAUUUUAAUCUUACAGACCAGACUGCGGGCCUGUUACACACUGUUUUCAUUCUCUGUUUCUUGUUCUCGGCUCCUGUUUUUGGAUAUCUUGGGGACCGAUACAAUCAGAAAAUCAUCCUCAGCAUUGGAAUAUCCUUCUGGUCAACAGUUACCUUUUGUAGUUCCUUCAUCCCUGCUUCGAUGCCCUGGCUGUUUUUUAUUUCACGGGGACUGGUGGGUGUUGGUACCUCCAGUUUUUCCACCAUAGCACCUACCAUCAUUGCUGACUUGUUUGAGAAAGACUAUCGGACAUGGAUGUUGUCAGUCUUCUACAUCUUCAUACCUGUUGGAAGUGGACUCGGUUAUAUCCUGUCAUCUGGAGUGGCGCGUGCAAGCGGUUUUUGGGGCUGGGGCUUCAGGGUUACUCCUUUUAUGGGAAUUACAGGCUUGAUUCUCCUGAUUAUUUUAAUCCCUAAACCAACGAACAAGAAACUCAAACCUGGCAAGCGUACCAGAUCCUCAACCUGGUUCAAAGACAUUUCUUCUCUUUGCAAAAACUGGAGCUUUAUAGGAUCCUCGCUGGGUGUAACUUCCAUGGGUUUCAUCACUGGCGCUCUCGGUUUCUGGAUUCCUGUGUUCCUUUACAGAGCUGAGGUUGUUUUGGGUAUUAUACAACCAUGCAGCAAACAACCAUGUAAAAACCACAACAGUGAGAUAUUUGGAGGGAUCACCAUAGCAACUGGCAUUUUGGGGGUCGUCAUUGGAGCAGAAGCUGCCCGAAGAUACAAGAAGGUUAACACCAAGGCUGACCCUCUUAUCUGUGCAGUAGGCUUGUUCAGUUCAUCUCCCUGCAUGUAUUUGGCUAUUAUGCUGGCUGAGAAGAGUAUUGUAGCUGCAUAUAUUCUUAUUGCCCUUGCGGUAUUUUUUUUAUCUUUAAACUGGGCCAUUGUGGCUGACAUCCUCUUGUAUGUAGUGAAACCCGCCUGUCAGUCAACUGCACUUUCCCUUCAAAUUUUUAUGAGCCAUUUGCUGGGUGAUGCUGGCAGCCCCUACCUCAUCGGAAUUAUUGCAAAUACAAUCAAGGUGCACCAAAGAGAUAAUUCCACUCUCUGGGAUUUCCAGAGUCUGAAGUACAGUUUUGUGGUUUGCAUUUUUGUUGGUGUCCUCGGAGGAGGCUGUUUCCUCAUGACGGCUGUUCAUAUUGAAGAAGAUUCAAAGAAAGCAGCAGCACCAGCCACACCACUACCAGUGACACCAGGCAUUGAGAACAAAAGCUACGACUUUCAGGGAGAUGGCAACCCUGACAUUUCUACCUCUAUUCCGAUUUCCAUUUUUGCAAAGAAGGAAAAAGCCUGA